AUGGAGGUGCCCGGGCCCCCAGUGUCCAGCAAGCCGGGAGAGACCUCAGUCAAAUGGCAGCUCUGCUAUGACAUGACGGCCAAAAUGUGGUGGAUGGUGAGUGCGGAGGUGCCCGCUGGCACCCGGGUGGGGGCUUGUGCGGUUGUCCAGGGGGCAGGGGGCACAGUGGGCAGUGAGUGGGCCUCCCAGGUGCAUGGACACUUGAGCAUCGGUGCUGGGGUGUCCAGCACGGUUGGCAGCGGUGGCGACCCCAGCCUGGGCAUUCGCAAAAGAGGAAAGGUGGCCAGAAGUGGGGAAACCGAGAGCAGGCAGUGGACAGGAAAGCCACUCUGGAGUCUGGCAGUGGGAAGCGUGUCCGAGACUCCCCAGACCAAGUGUGUGAGCGUGCCAGCCGGUUCCGGGGGCCGGGAGGGCGUGAGGGCGGCCGCUAUCUGGGAAGGUCGGCCGUUCCCCCUCAGGGAAAUGGUGUGUGGCUUGGACAUCUUGGGCUUCGUGGCCAGAGCUUUAACGUCCAGCAACAGUGCAGCGCCCCCUGCCCACUCCUCCCUUGACUGGGGCCGAUGGUCCUGGGGGACCCUCUGCGGUUGGGGCGCACGAGGCCGCGGGCACUUAUCCUUUGCGCCGGAGCGGCUCGGAAUUCGUACAGGCAAUAAUGGGGAUGAGUUCCACCCAUUCAUCGAGGCGCUGCUGCCCCACGUGCGCGCCUUCGCCUACACCUGGUUCAACCUGCAGGCGCGGAAGCGCAAGUACUUCAAGAAGCAUGAGAAGCGGAUGUCCAAGGACGAGGAGCGCGCGGUGAAGGACGAGCUGCUGGGCGAGAAGGCCGAGGUGAAGCAGAAGUGGGCGUCGCGGCUGCUGGCCAAGCUGCGCAAGGACAUCCGGCCCGAGUGCCGCGAGGACUUCGUGCUGGCCAUCACCGGCAAGAAGGCGCCGGGCUGCGUGCUCUCCAACCCCGACCAGAAGGGCAAGAUCCGGCGGAUUGACUGCCUGCGCCAGGCCGACAAGGUGUGGCGGCUGGACCUGGUCAUGGUCAUCCUCUUCAAGGGCAUCCCGCUGGAGAGCACCGACGGCGAGCGCCUGGUCAAGGCGGCGCAGUGCGGCCACCCGGUGCUCUGCGUGCAGCCGCACCACAUCGGCGUGGCGGUCAAGGAGCUCGACCUCUACCUGGCCUACUUCGUGCGCGAGCGAGACGCGGAGCAGAGCGGCAGUCCCCGGGCAGGGAUGGGCUCUGACCAGGAGGACAGCAAGCCCAUCACACUGGACACGACCGACUUCCAGGAGAGCUUCGUCACCUCUGGUGUGUUCAGCGUCACCGAGCUCAUCCAAGUGUCCCGGACACCUGUGGUGACAGGAACAGGACCCAACUUCUCCCUGGGGGAGCUGCAGGGGCAUCUGGCGUACGACCUGAAUCCAGCCAGCACCGGCAUGAGAAGAACGCUACCCAGUACUUCCUCCAGUGGGAGCAAGCGGCACAAAUCGGGCUCGAUGGAGGAAGACGUGGACACGAGCCCCGGCGGCGAUUACUACACUUCCCCCAGCUCUCCCACGAGUAGCAGCCGAAACUGGACGGAGGACAUGGAAGGAGGCAUCUCGUCCCCGGUGAAGAAGACGGAGGUGGACAAGUCGCCUUUCAACAGCCCGUCGCCCCAGGACUCACCGCGCCUCUCCAGCUUCACCCAGCACCACCGGCCGGUCAUCGCCGUGCACAGCGGGAUCGCCCGGAGCCCUCACCCGUCCUCCGCCCUGCACUUCCCCACGACCUCCAUCCUGCCGCAGACGGCCUCCACCUACUUCCCACACACGGCCAUCCGCUACCCACCUCACCUCAACCCGCAGGACCCGCUCAAAGAUCUCGUCUCGCUGGCCUGCGACCCAGCCAGCCAGCAGCCUGGACCGUUAAAUGGAAGUGGUCAGCUCAAAAUGUCCAGUCACUGCCUUUCUGCUCAGAUGCUGGCACCCCCGCCCCCCGGGCUGCCGAGGCUGGCGCUCCCCCCUGUCACCAAACCCACCUCCGAGGGAGGAAGCACGUCGCCGACCUCGCCCUCCUACUCUACGCCCGGCACGUCCCCUGCAAACCGUUCCUUUGUGGGAUUAGGACCAAGGGAUCCAGCGGGCAUUUAUCAGGCACAGUCCUGGUAUCUGGGGUAAGAAGGAUUUCUUCCCACGCCCUGCUCCUUCGUCCCGGGGGGCGCCGCACAGCCGACCCCUGGCCCACGUUUUCGGUGGAAAGUUAGAGCAAGCGAGAACGCCCCGCCGACCCCCAGCCCGGCCGAAAAGACAAAACACACAGACACAUCCACGCAAGAGGAAAAAAAAAGGAAAAAAACGCCAAAAAAAAAAAUAAAUAAAAGACAAACGGGAAAAAAAAGAAUCAUACAAAUAAAC